AUGAUUCCAGAGUUCCCACUUCCUACUGUCGACUCUGACUUCUACAGAUCCCAAAUCUAUCAGCUACCCCCAAUUUUCGGGAAUGCUAUUCAGACUCCACAGCUCAUUGAGCCAACGAGUUUCUUGACAAAAACGGAUAGUUCAAUUGGUAAGUUUAAAUACUUCAAUACAAUUAAAAUCAGUUCCUUAUUUUCACUUAUUUCAGUUACCUCCCUCCGAUUAAACUGCAUCCAGAAUGCCGUCAAACGUGCGGCUAUCCGACAAAGUAACCUGACGAAAAAGUCCUCGAAUUUGAAUGGACCUUUGAGGAAUUCUACACUCAAUCCGCUGGCCGCAUUAUCUUCACUGAUUAGCCCAGUGGUUAUGACCCAUUAA